AUGUACUCUACAAUAUGCCCUGUACACCAACACUAUGCCUUGUAUACCAACAGUAUGCCCUGUACACCUACACUAUGUACUGUACAAUAUGCCCUGUACAUCAACACUAUGCCAUGUACACCAACACUAUGUACUUGUACUAUACAAUAUGCCCUGUACACCAACACUAUGUCCUGUACACCAAUAGUAUGCCUUGUACACAUACACUAUAUACUGUACAAUAUGCCCAGUACACCAACACUAUGCCCUGUACACCAACAGUAUGCCCUGUACACAUACACUAUGUACUGUACAAUAUGCACUGUACACAGACACUAUGUACUGUACAAUAUGCUCUGUACACCAACACUAUGUAUUGUACAAUAUGUCCUGUACACCAACAGUAUGUCCUCUACACCUACACUAUGUCCUGUACACCAACACUAUGUCCUGUACACCAACACUCUGUCCUGUACACCUACACUAUGUCCUGUACACCAGCACUCUGUCCUGUACACUAACACUCUGUCCUGUACACUAACACUCUGUCCUGUACACCAACACUCUGUCCUGUACAUCAACACUCUGUCCUGUACACCAACACUAUGUCCUGUACACCAACACCAUGUCCUGUACACCAACGCUAUGUCCUGUACACCAACACUAUAUCCUGUACAUCAACAAUUAUAUAUCCUGUACACCAACACUCUGUCCUGUACACCAAUACUAUGUCCUGUACACCAAUACUAUGUCCUGUACACCAUCACUAUGUCCUGUACACCAACACUAUGUCCUGUACACCUACACUCUGUCCUGUACACUAACACUAUGUACUGUACAAUAUGCCCUGUACAUCAACACUAUGCCAUGUACACCAAUAGUAUGCCCUGUACACAUACACUAUAUACUGUACAAUAUGCCCUGUACACCAACACUAUGCCCUGUACACCAACAGUAUGCCCUGUACACAUACACUAUGUACUGUACAAUAUGCGCUGUACACAGACACUAUGUACUGUACAAUAGGCUCUGCACACCAACACUAUGUAUUGUACACUAUGUCCUGUACACCAACACUCUGCCCUGUACACCAACACUCUGUCCUGUACA